AUGAAUCUGUCAGCACUCAAGCUGUGUGCAAUUUUUCUUGGCUUAACCUUGGCCAUUGUUCCUACACCACCGAUCGUCUCAUCACCAAUACCCCAGUCCACAAUUGAGCCAGCCUUUACUGCAAUAAUAGCGGCACAAGCAACCCAGCAACCGAUUUCUCCUGUUUCUAAUGUUGGUGGCGAGGUGUUCAGCAGGUUUGUCCAAAUUUGGCUCGAGAAUAUGGAUUUCAAAGAAGCUACCAAUGACCCUAAUUUCCAAUGGCUUGCUGCACAAGGCAUAACACUCACUAACUAUUGGGGAGUAACGCAUCCUUCUCAACCAAACUAUUGUGCAGUUGUCGGAGGUGACACCUUCGGCAUGGAUGCAGACGAAUUCAUUCAAAUUCCGGCCAAUAUAUCAACUGUUGUAGAUUUACUCGACACUAAAGGUAUUUCUUGGGGCGAAUACCAAGAAGAUAUACCUUAUGCUGGCUUUGAGGGAUGGAAUUUCUCAAAAAGCAACCCAUUUCAAGAAGAUUAUGUACGCAAACAUAAUCCAUUAGUGAUGUUUGAUUCAGUCACUAGCAACGCUACUAGGCUUGCUUUGAUCAAAAGCUUCAAGUCAUUUGAAUCAGAUUUGGCAAACAAGACUCUACCACAGUGGUCUUUUAUCACACCGAAUAUGUCGAACAAUGGCCACGAUGCUAAUAAUACUGUAGCUGGAAAUUGGUCUCGUAUGUUCCUUGAACCUUUGCUUACCAACGAUUAUUUUAUGAAUGAUACCUUGGUUGUACUCACCUGGGAUGAGAACGAUGAAGUUGAUGAGGAGAACAAAAUGUUUGCCAUCCUUCUCGGUGGUGCUAUUCCUUCUUCCUUCAAAAACACCACCGAUGACACAUUCUACAACCACUAUAGUAUGCUUUCAACCAUAGAGCUUAACUGGGGACUCCCUUCGCUUGGCCGAUGGGACUGUGGUGCAAAUGUUCUUGGUAUUGUCGCCAGCAAAGCAGGAUACGAUAACUAUGCCGUCAAUACCACUAAGUUGCUUUUCAAUUCAUCAUACCCAGGGCCUCUAUCAGCAGAUAGGUUUGAUCCAGUCUGGCCUCUACCUGAUACGAAAGCAAGUUGUGGCUCAGGUCAGGGAGUCUUGAAAAAAAUCGUUGAUGGGUGGGGCAAAUCCGAUGGCACAUAUAACUAUACUGACUCAUAUCCAUAUGAUGAUGUCAGUGGUGAUAACACAGGAGGCGAAGCGAGUCCAGUAACUACAACAGCUUUGCCAUCAGCCACAGCUCCUGCACCUGGACCUCUUUCUUCAAAGAAAUCAGAGGCUAUGGAUUUGAAAUAUGGUGGAGGUAGCUCUGUUGCGUUGAUGAUGGGAUUUGUAACAUUCAAGAUAGCUUCUUCGCAGGUGAUUCUCAAUCCCUCCUCUCAAUCGAAACCCAACCAGCUCCAUCGACUCAAUAACGAUAAGAUAACAUCUUCGAAAAGACUGGACAGAGGAGGGAGUUUACAAAACGAUAGGCGCCAACAUUUACUACAGGAUUACGAAGAAUUUGAGCUCGCUGAAUAUCCUGGCGCACGAGACGAUCCACCUCCGGAAUCGCACACAAGUGAGAGAGAAAGAAGACGGGCGGAAAAGAGAAAAAGACUCGAGGAGGCAGACGAGAUGAAAUUCUCACAUAGUAUACAAUUCAAUGCUGUUCCAGAUUGGAGCAGUCAUUACAUCGCUUAUAGCAAUUUGAAGAAAUUGAUCUACCAACUUGAGAAAAAUGUACAUCGACCAUCCACUGCCCUCGAAGAUGCCGAAAAUUCCCCUCUAAUCAGACCGGCCGAAGAUUCAGAUGCCAUCUUUCGCAGAGCACUAGAUGCUGAAUUGGAAAAAAUAUCCACAUUUUACGAAUCGAAGGAGCUUGAAAUUUUUGGCGAGGUUACAGAGCUAUUGAAGGAGGAAGAGGAAUUCGAGGCUGAAGUUCUAGAAAGCAACCAAACAGAUGGCAAUGGAAAUGGCAGGCCAAGAGCAUCGAGCAACGAUCGACCACGACAAAACAGUAUAUUCAAAUCUUUCGUUCCUAAAGGGAGAAGGCGUUCAAGCACAAUAAGUCGAUCAAUAGAUGAGGGGGUCGAAGAUAGUGAUGAUGAUGACGACGAUGAGAAUACCGCGCUGCGCAAACCACCCAUGGCAAAAAGAAGCAAGAGCUCUCCUCAUGACGUGAAUACGGGGGCUUUCGAGGACAUGCGCUCUUCAACCGAUUUAAUGAAGCCUGCUCGACGCAACAGUAUGAACUACGAGGAUAUGGCAGAGCAGGCAUUCAAUGCCUUCUAUUCAUCAGGGAUUACUUUGAAAAAGCGUGCCGUCAGUCUAUAUGUGUCAUUAUGUGAACUGAAAUCUUUCGUCCAGCUUAACCAGACAGGUUUCAAGAAGGUUUGCAAGAAAUAUGACAAAAUAUUGGAUAGAAACUUAAAGUCGAAAUACCUUCAGGAAGUCGUAGCUCCAGCAUAUCCUUUCCGCCCCGAAACACUUAAACAUAUCGAGGAGAAGAUAUCACGGAUAGAGCGCAUGUAUUCCGAUGUGGCAACCCAAGGAGACAUCGAUAUGGCAAAGAAGGAAUUGCGAUCACAUCUACGAGAACAUGUCGUUUGGGAGAGAAAUACAGUCUGGAGGGAAAUGAUCGGCAUUGAGAGGAAAGCUCAAGCUGCGAAUAUGGGUAUUAGAAGGACUUUACUCGGCGUGGAUAAUGAUCCAUCUAAGCUCCGAUUGCAAGGUGAUGAUGCCGACAUCGCUGACAUGAAGGAAUUAUCAACACCAGUUGGGAGAGUAAAAUGUCCAAGAUGGCUAUUUAGUUCAACGAUGUUCACAUUGGUUGGAAUCAUCACCAUCUUCAUUUUACUAUUGCUUAUCCCAAUCAUGAAGAAGCCAGAACAACAAAAUUGUUUAGCAAUGCUGGUAUUUGUCAGUCUGUUAUGGGCUACCGAGGUUAUACCUCUCUUCGUUACAUCUCUCAUGAUUCCAUUUCUCUGCGUAAUUCUAGGCGUGGUUCGCUCUGAUGAAAAGCCUCAUCAUCGACUUGAAGCUCCAGCUGCGGCCAAAUAUAUCUUUUCCGCAAUGUGGACUCCAGUCAUCAUGUUGUUACUUGGUGGAUUUACAGUAGCUGCAGCACUUUCCAAAUAUGAUAUUGCUAAGAGGAUAGCGACUUUUGUCCUAAGCAAGGCUGGAACGAGGCCAAGAACAGUUCUUAUCACCAACAUGUUCGUAGCAGCUUUUGCAAGUAUGUGGAUCAGUAAUGUCGCAGCACCCGUCUUGUGUUUCUCAAUCAUCCAGCCCAUGCUUCGAAAUCUUCCUUCAGAAUCUCAAAUGUCGAAAGCAGUUAUUCUUGGUAUUGCACUUUCAUCUAACAUUGGUGGAAUGCUCUCACCAAUUGCAUCGCCACAGAAUAUUGUCGCUCUUCAAAUCAUGUCUCCACAACCAGACUGGGGACUUGGUUCUUCAUCGUCUUGCCAGUCGCCUGGUCGUGGAACUACAAUCGUUCCCAUUCGCCCGGUUAAGGAUGCAUUCACUGGAGUUCAGUGGUUUAUCACCCUUGUUACUCUUGGCACCAUUGUUCUCUGGUGUGUAAGUCAUCAGCUUGAAGCAAUCUUUGGUGAUAUGGGGGUAGUCGCAAUCAUCCCAAUAAUUCUAUUCUUUGGUACCGGUAUUCUAACAAAGGAGGAUUUUAACAAUUUCUUAUGGACAAUCAUAAUUCUCGCUGCUGGAGGACUUUCUUUAGGUAAAGCCGUCAACUCGUCGGGGUUGUUGCAUACUAUUGCUGGUGAAAUCACUGCGAGCGUUGAGGGUUUGAGUCUUUAUAGCGUACUUGUCGUAUUCUCAUGUCUCGUCUUGGUCGUUGCGACAUUUAUCAGUCACACUGUCGCAGCUCUCAUUAUCCUUCCAUUAGUUCAUAGCGUCGGAGCAAGUAUGGAUGAGCCACAUCCCAACCUUUUGGUUAUGGGUGCUACAUUGAUGUGUAGUGCUGCUAUGGGAUUGCCUACAAGUGGUUUCCCUAAUAUGACUGCAAUUAUGAUGGAGGAUUCACAAACAGGACAAAGAUACUUACAAGUGAAACAUUUCAUCACUCGUGGCGUACCAGCAAGUAUCCUUACAUGGCUAGUGGUCAUCUCGGUUGGUUAUGGAUUGAUGAGAGUGGUUGGGAUGUAA